GUGACGUUUUGGUACAGUUGGUGUUACUGGGGCUGACUCAGAGAAGAAAAGAAAUGGCGAUGCUCGGAGGCUUCAGCUCAGCACAGCCCAAGAAGAGUGUCUCUGACGCGAGCAGCGACGUGACGGAUUUCGUCUGUCCAGUUUGCCUUGAAAUUUUCGAGAGUCCCCUGACAACACAAUGCGGUCAUACGUUCUGCCAGAGCUGUUUGCAAGAAUGUUUGCGUCCACAGAAGCCUGUGUGUGCUGUAUGCAGGACAACUCUGAACGCCUGGACUAAAGCUGCUGAUUUAGAGGCCUCCAUCCGCUCUUCUGUGGCAGCUUGCAAGGGAUGUGGUGUUCAGAUUGGCCUCUCCCAGAUGAGAAGCCACACAGCUGCCUGUUCAAAAUACCAGGAGUACAUUGAAGAAGGGGUGAGGAGCACUGCCCAAAAUCAGCCCGCCAUUAUCAGUUCGGUGCCAAACCGCUUCACCUUCUCCUGUCCCUACUGCAACUGCCAGAACCUCGAUCAGGAUGGCCUAGUUGAACAUUGCACCACCCAACAUGCACGGGAUAUGCGCCAAGUGGUGUGUCCCAUCUGUGCCUCAAUGCCUUGGGGAGACCCCAACUACAGGAGUACUGACUUUUUCCAGCACCUGAAGAUCAGACACACUUUCUCCUAUGAUACUUUUGUUGAUUACGCGACAGAUGAGAACACAAUGAUUCAGGAGGCUUUACAGCGAUCCCUCAUGGAAAAGUGAAGUGUGCGGAACAAUGUAGCAAUAGGAAUCCAGAGAAAGAGAGCGGGAGAUUGUCUUAGACAAAAACAAAAAAACACUGUAUCAUUAAUUUAUCUAUCCAGAGGACGGUUGUACUGAAGCGCUAUGGGUAAUUAAUAUUUCAAGGGGACAUUGGGUUGUAUCUUCAAAAUCUGAAAGAUUUCGAAUAAAACAAUAUGGAAUAUGAUUUAAACCUAUUGUACUGUUUGAUUUAGGACUGAUACAGUGUUUUCUAUGUGAUAAUCUCUUAUCUUCCCCUCUACUGAGUCUGUGUUCUUGGUAGUUAGUUUUGCAUCUCUUCAACUAUGUUUGUCGCUUAACUAAUAAUGACCUUGUGUCGUACAACCAAAAACUUCCAAAGUUGUGAAAAAAUUGUCAAUACUUGAUGUUAUGAGAGGGGUCGACCACUAGGUGGCUGAGUGUCGUCAGCAAAUGACAAACUUUAUGAGAGAAGGUUGUCGAGCAACAGUAAUAAAUGAUAUCCUCGCCAAGAACGGUUGUGCGUAAGUACCCUCCUGGAGAGAGAAAAAGGGAUCCGUAUAAAUCUAUGCUGUUUCUGGUUAAAGUGUGUGAGGCUGUUUGUUUUUCCCAUUUUGUUUUCCAAGAUGUGCUGAAAAGAACUUGUAUAGGGUCAAACAGACCCAGAGUUGGUGAAUUGCUUCAUUGUAAUCUUCCUCCCUUUGUGUCUUUGUGCCUUCUGGUAAAUAUUAUUCAUGACUUCCUAAAUUAACAGGGCUAACUUCAUCAUACUGGGAAUUCAAAGAUGCAAAAAGGUCCACAUCAAUUGGUUGUAUGGGUUUUGUUUUUUUCCCACCUAAUUUUUGUAACCUCUUUUUUGCCACUGGGGGGCACUAGAGUUCCACCUUUCCCUGACAGUUCUAGUUGUGACACUGCUAGAUCAACCUAGAUUUUAUUGUAUUAGUGUUUUCUCACAAGCAUUUUCUUUUUGCUUGUAAGUGCAUUAAAUGAAAAUGUCACAGAUAGGAAUAGGAAUUAGUGAACUAAUUUAGUAAUAGUUGAAACGGUGAUUAUAACUGAAAUUACAUGGUGAGGUAAUAUAACUGUAAAGUGCUGUGAUGUGUUGCUGGAAUAGAAACUCUAAGUGAUCCAAGAUGCAUUGCUUUUCUAUCUCUUCCUAAAAGUCUUAGUUCUUUUAUUGAAUGCAACUCCAAUAUUGCUUGCAUGCAGGGUUAGAAAAGUACAGUGGUUGGGUUUUUUAGGGAUGCUUGGGCUGUUAAUUUUUUCUUUUGUUUACUUUGGUUGUAUGCUUUUGCGUUAGUUUUGUUCCAAUAACUUUUGAUGUCUCAGAUCAACCUUGGACUGUAACACAAAUCUUUACAUGGAAACAAUGUGUUUUUCUUCUACCUACAGAUACAUAAAUAUCCUUACAAGCAGAUUAAGUAGCUCCAGUAAAGAACGUUUGUCUUUUUUGAUCUAGUCUUUGGUCCCACUUAAUACGGCCUAUUGUGAUUAUUUUUUUGUCCCUCUCUGAGGUAGUAAUGUGUUUUUAAAUUUCUAUGUGUUUCUAAUGGAUAAUAGCAUUUAGUUUUCCUUUUCUCAGUGUAUCUUUCAUUCUCUUUAAUCAGCCCUACUGUCAGGGUGUGCUAAAUCCUGAGGAAUUAAAGCUCUUUAAUUAUUUAAACCAUG